CCAUUCGGAAGCAUCGCGGUAGCGCGCAUCGUCGCGGUCGCAUUCGAAGAGGUUGACACGCAAGCUCGAAGAUUGUUCUGUAUCGUUCGACGCGACGAGAGAGGCGUUUUGUCGUGUUCCAUAGCUCAUUUUUUUUGUGGGCGGUUGUCGAUUACCGCGCAUAUCGACUGUUACGGCGGCAUGCAAAUGACUACGCGACUACUCGUGUGCUCACGAUGAAGAGGUGAGGUGAGGUGAAUAACAUCGUUGGUGAAGAGGUGCGCACGAGUUUAACGGCACGAGCGAGCGAGUGAACGAGAGUGCGUGCGUUGGUGCGUGCGCGCGCGCGCGACGAACGCGAGAGACAGCGUGAUAACACGCAUUGACGUAUACAUCGUUCCGACGAGCGUGAAUCUCAUGCGUGCGUGUGUUCUUCGGCAACGGUGCAACAGCAAUCGCGAUCACACCGAGUGACCGUGCCACGCUGAGAAAAAAUUGUGAUCGCGCGAGCAUCCGAGCGGAUAGAUUGAGAUAGAGAGGAAGAGAGAGAGAGAGAGAGAGAGAGGGAGAGAGAGAGAGAGAGGAGCCAGAUAGCGAGGGGGAGAGAGAGAGAGAGAAACGUCGGUUCUUGGGGACCAGUCCGUGCGCCAAGGUUAAAGAAGAGGAGACGAUCCGUCGUGUGGAAUGCCCCGCUAAAAUGGCGGUGAUCGGCAUCGUCGCGCGGUACUAGAGAGGAAAAAAAGAGGUGGCCGCCUGCCUUCGCAGGCCGUGCUCGUUCGCGGUUUUGUUUUGGCUCGGCCGUGACCGCGAGCCUCGCGGAGAGAUCUGAGCCGCGGCUAUCGGCCCUUCUUCGUUCGACGCGCACCCCCGAUCUCGCCGGUUCCCCCUGCCCCCUGCCUCCUUGACUUGCUACCACUGGCCCCCUCUCUGGCGAUCGUUCUCGCCUACUCCUUCUCUGUUUCGUUCCUCCUGCCGUCUUUGUCGGGUCGUAGAUCGGAGUCGCGCGACGUAUCAACGUGCGACCGCGCGAGUCGUUAAUGACAAAAAGCUGGCUGACGAGACAAGGAUCUACGACGGUGGAUGCAGCAGCGACGUUAGAAGCGAGGGCAGAAGUAACGACAGCAGCAACAUCAGCAGCAGCAGCUACAGCUACAGCAACAGGAGAAGCAAGUACUAUCAGGCUCGCGGGUUCGACGCGACCGCGAUGCCCGUGCCGCAUCGCCACGCUCUUGACGUGAAGAAGCGCAUCGGCAACGCAAACUUGCGGACGUACGACGAGACUAGUGCAAGCAGCACCGCGUUAUCACAGAGUAAAGUUGGCGAUACGAAGGAACGGCGGCUCGUCGCCAGAUAUUAAAUUUGGAAAAAAAUACACUAAUACAUCAAGAUGAAAAUUGAUCGCAGCAGACUGAAAAAAUGCACUUCUGAAGUGCCCACAGAAUGUCAAACACUUAUAAACAAGCUACGCUCCUGCUCUCAUGCAGAGCUGUUAGAGGAGCUCAAACAAAUAGAUGCAUGGACCUUUGGGAAAUGUGAAUUGUUUCAUUGGAUCGAUGUCUUAGAUCUCAGUGACAGUAUUUUAGAAGAGGCUGCAGCAAGGAGUCCAGAUAAUCCAUGGGAAUUAGCAUGUGAUCUUCCUCAAAAUAGAGAGGCAAAGGAACUGCUUCUCUGGGUUCUUCACUUCACAACAUUGUUGAUUGAGCACUCAUUCUCACGGCAUUUGUACAACAGCAUGGAACACUUGGUUACUUUGUUAUCAAGCUGUGACAUGCAUGUAGUUCUCGGUGUAUUAAAUCUCCUGUACAUGUUUAGUAAACGCAGUAAUUUUAUUACACGUCUAAAUAGUGACAAACGGCAAGCUUUGCUCAGCAGGCUUAAUCAUCUGGCCGAGAGUUGGGGAGGCAAGGAAAAUGGUUUUGGCUUAGCAGAAUGCUGUAAGGAAUAUCCAGAAAAGCCAUUUCCAACAAGUGCUACCACGCUACAUUUUGAGUUUUAUGCGGAAAACCCGACCGUAUCGGAACCAUCAACAACCGGUACAUCGCUUCCUAGUACAAAAAAAGUUGGUCAAGCGAAUCUUGUAACAUAUAUACAUAUAGAAGCUGUUGACAAACUUGGAAAAACCCCAGCACAGAUCAUGAAUGACUUGUUGAAAGUCUACAACGUACCCCAGGAACGACAGAUGGCUUUAUUGACACAUAUAAGGCUGGCACAUAGUUUUUCGGAUUACCGGAGACGAUUGCAAUGCGUGCAAGCGCGACUUCAAGCAUUAUCCGUGCUUGUAUAUAGCAAUGCGCUGCAGGAAAAUGCACAUAGUCUCCUUCAUGCUGGACUUCUUGAGGAACUGGUUGAAUUAUUAGAACUCCCACACACCCAUCUCGUUGAAAUUCGUGCUGCAGCCUUGCGUACCCUUACAAGUAUCAUACAUUUGGAUCGUAAUCCACAUUUUCCCAAGAAACCAGGCUCGCGCUUAAAUAUGAUAAUAGAUGUCACUGGAGCCAGUUCAUAUCAUGGAUUCCUCCCGGUUUUGGUCCGUACAUGUAUAACGACGUUGACCUCACCGCAAUCGGACGGACAGCCUUUUCCAUUGCCCCUUGCGACAGCCUUAUUUAGUUUCUUGUAUCAUCUCGCUAGUUAUGAAGCAGGUGGAGAAGCACUUGUUAGUUGCGGUAUGAUGGAGAGUCUUUUGAAAGUCAUAAAUUGGCCGGGCAGUGAACUGGAACACAUUACGUUUGUGACGAGAGCAGUACGCGUCAUUGAUUUGAUAACCAAUAUAGAUAUGCAAGGUUUUCAAACACAUGGCGGUUUGGCAAGCUUCAUUAACCGUUUAGACAUGGAAGUCAAUGUGUGUAGAAAAGAACAACCGUUUGAGAUAGAACCGUUGCUGUAUCAAGACACUCCGCAAACUUCACGAGAGAGAUCAGUGGACAGGGAAGAAGAAUCGUCCACUUCACGACGCGUACACGAGACAUUCGACGAGCGAGAGGAGUCUUCUAAUCCUAUGGAAUUCUCGGAAGAUGAAAAUAUGAGUUCUAAAACGGAUGAAAAAAGCGAACAGCAACCGGAUUAUUCUGCCGCUAAGACGGGCAAGACGUGCUUGCCGCAACGAGCAGCGUUAUUAAAGUCAAUGCUAAAUUUCCUCAAAAAAGCAAUUCAAGAUCCGGCAUUCUCUGACAGUAUACGACAUGUCAUGGAGGGUACGCUACCGUCCUCUUUGAAGCACAUCAUAAGUAAUUCGGAAUAUUACGGGCCAUCGUUAUUCUUACUCGCUACUGAUGUCGUGACUGUGUACGUUUUCCAAGAACCUUCCUUGUUGUCGUCUCUACAAGACAACGGUUUGACUGACGUAGUACUCCAUGCUCUGCUCAUAAAAGAAGUUCCUGCCACUAGAGAAGUAUUGGGCUCGCUACCUAAUGUGUUCAGUGCAUUAUGUUUAAAUCAGCGCGGUCUCGAAUCUUUUGUGAAGCGUCGACCAUUCGAACGACUGUUCAAAGUACUUCUUUCUCCGGUUUAUCUGUCAGCAAUGCGUCGACGACGAAGUGCCGAUCCACUAGGUGAUACAGCUUCUAAUUUAGGCAAUGCAAUGGAUGAGCUGAUGAGGCAUCAACCAAGUUUAAAAGUGGACGCCAUUCAGGCUAUUAUCAAGUUACUUGAAGAAUUAUGCGUUUUGGGCUGCGAUCCUCGAUACAUAUGCUGGCGUGCCGCUAGUAAAUCUGACAAUUCACCAUCGAAUAUCACCACCGGAAAUCGUCAAUCCUCCGGUCAGUCAGUGGGCGUCGGAGUAGGAGACUCCGGUGGUGCCGGAGGUGGCGGUGGUGGUAGUAGCAGUGACGAGGAAGAGGAAGACGAAGAGGAAGCAAGCACCAGUUCGCAUCCUCAACGCGAGGAACAACCAUCGCCGUCGCCCGCACAACCUGGGCCUCCGCCUCAACCAAGGGAAAAAACUCCUAUUGCUUUAGUUGAAUACAUUCACAAUGUUAUGAAAUUUGUGGAUGCUAUUCUUAGCAAUAAUUCGACCGAUGACCACUGUAGAGAAUUUGUUGGUCAAAAAGGACUUGUACCGCUGCUCUCGAUUUUGGGUCUACCUAAUUUACCUGUGGAUUACCCUGUCGCUCAAGCAGCUCAGUCUGUAGCAUCAGUGUGUAAAAGUAUUCUGAACCUUGCACAUGAGCCAGCAGUUCUCAAGACGGGUUUGUCCCAAUUGAACGAAGUACUGACCUUACUGAAGCCGCUUCAUAGUCAUAUGGAGUCACCCGGCGGCUCUGUCCUGCUACAUGAACUUGCGUCAGCACCGAAUCUUGAAACAGCGUUCACGAGCGAUACCGCGACACCUCUUUUGCACGCAAUGAACGCUGCUCAUGGUUACGUGGUAAUGUUUGUUCACGUUUGUCGCACCAGCCAAAGCGAAAUACGAAACCUCUCCAUGAAUCACUGGGGUUCCGACGUUGGUCUAGCCGUCCUUGAUGGUUUGUCCGAUCUGUACAUGUCCCUCGUUUGGGAAAGUACGUUGCUACUCGCGUUAUGUAGCGAAGACAUUAUCCCAGCUGGAUGCGAGUUCGGGAAAGAAGAUAUGGACAAGUUGAUGCCCCCAGAAUUGAAAACCGAAGGUGAAUCGUCCACAUGGUCCGGCACAGCGUCCGCGGAUAUGGGCAGCAACGGAAUGACCACAGCGAUGGAGGCACUCAGCACAGAUCCGCCACCAGUACCGAUGGAAGUAGACGACAAGCCAAACGUGAGCACCGGGAGAGCAUCACCAAAUAAUUAUCAAUUGAAAUAUAUCAAGCCACUUCUUGGAGCGUCGUCGCGACUUGGCAGAGCACUUGCAGAACUAUUUGGAUUACUUGUCAAAUUGUGUAUGGGUUCUCCAGUUAGACAACGCAGAGGACAGCAAAUGCCAUUGACGCCCGCUCUUCCGUCACAGGCCGCGAGGAACGUUGCCUCCUCUUUGAAUGGUCUAUUAACACGCGGUUUGUCGUGGGACAAAUUACCUCCGUCGCCGAUACCGAAAUUCAAGUUGACUUUUCUCAUCUGCUCGGUUGGAUUUACCUCGCCGAUGCUGUUCGACGAAAAGAGACAUCCUUAUCAUCUGAUGCUUCACAAGUUUGUUCUUUCGGACGGCCAAAGCUCGUUCUUCGCAACUUUCCACUGGGCGUUGUCCGGCGGUGGUCAAUUUGCGUUAACAGAGGGUUUGGAACACCCAAAUUUACCCGAUGGUACUGGUGAAUUUCUGGACGCGUGGUUGAUGUUGCUCGAGAAAAUGGUUAAUCCUAAAGCCAUUCUGGAUUCACCUCACGUCGUGUCAGCCAAAUGUAGCGGUAUGUUCAAAGAGCCUCCUUUUGAGCCGAUCAAGUAUCUCACUGAGAUACACAAGAAGGCUUUUGAGGCGGUGAUGCUCAUGUGGGGCAAGAAACCACUGAAGAAUUACGGCGCUCGCAUGACCGAGUCCAUCUUGUCUAUUUUACGACAUAUCUUGCGAGGAGAGAAGAUCAUUAAGGAACGCACCGAGAAGAAGGAGGAGAACGUAGAGGGUGCAGUAGCGAGUGGCAGCGGCGGAACGAGCGGUAUCGCUAGAAGCGGCACUUCCGACCGUAGAGAUGAGCCGGAGGCAGAUGUAAAUCCAGAGUACCUCAGACAACUGAUGGAUAUGGGCUUCAGCAGAGCACACUGUAUAGAAGCAUUGAUGCAUACAUUGACGGUCGAACAGGCGACGGAUUAUCUCCUGACAAACCCUGCAACCCUUCGUAGGCCUGAUGCUGCACUGAACGACGUUGGUGGACAGGUAAUGGAUGUAGAAACAGACGACGAUCUCAUGCAUGCGAUAGCAGUUUCGUUGGACUCACCGGACGCGCACAAAAUCGGCGUGGGAAUCGAAGAGUUCGGUCGUGAGACCACCAUAACGGAGAAUAUAGACGAGUUUACGCACAGCGCCCUGGAACAGUGUUUACAUCUGUUGGACCUCAUGCCGGACACGGUGUAUCGAAUUUGCGAUCUCCUGGUGACCAUCACGAAGCGUAACGGUGACGAGUGGCGGGAUAGCAUGCUGCGGCAACUGAUACGCGAAAUCGGCAUUCUAGUGGAUCAUCUGAUCCAGAUCGCCGAGGGUCAAGACGAAAACGCCGGUACACGACUGGUGGAAUGUGAGGAGGCCAACAAAGUAGCUGGUCGGAUCUACCUUUACACCCUCUUCUUCGAGGGCACGUUCCAGGAGAUGCGAGUGCCGUGUGCGCAGAUAGUGGAGGAGUGCGCGAUACUGGAUAAACUUGUGCGAUUGUUGGUUGUAAGCGAGGGUCCUCUAACCGCGACCAAGAACAGACUCGCAAAGGACAACAAGGAUAGUGGUGCAACGACGAGCGGCGUAAAGACGCCCAAGUGGUUGGCACCGUUGUUACUGCUGAUAGACCGUCUAGAAAAAGUGGCCAUACUGACGAAGCGGAAGCAAUUGAUGCACAAGGUCACAACCAGAGCGUGGAAAUGGUUUGACUUGAGUACCGGCAAAUGGACUCUCUAUUCACCGAUGAACAAUCGCAUCAUCAACGACGCGUAUUGGGCUGGCGAGUCGAGUGUGCGGAUUUCGUGUAGUCGGCGUCGUUAUCUCAUCACUUUCUCCUGCAUGACGCAGGUAAAUGAGGAUACUGACAACAGACGUCCUAUCACGAUGUGCUUCAAACUGAACACUGGAAACAACGAGGACGGUGGCUCAGGCUCCGACUCCAACAUGGACACCGAUGAGAGCCCGAUAGAGGAAAAACGGAACACAGUGGUGCAAGGAUUGGAUCCUAGCAUAGCGCCGAGUAUCGUACGUGCGUGUGUGAAGUUGUUGGCAAUCCCCGUCGAUCGAGACGCUUUACACGCUUUGAUGAAAGUGUGUUUGCGUCUAACGAGAGAUUACAAAAAUGCGGAGGUAUUCGCGCGCGAAGGUGGUGUAAAGUUGCUUCUCGAGAUGACGCAUAUGAGCAGCUUCACUGGCUGCAUAAAUCUCAGUACUUUGUUGAUACGGCAUACUCUGGAGGAGCCGCGUACGCUUCGUCUCGCCAUGGAGAAGGUUAUUCGCACCCGUACGCAGAUCAACAUACCCCCCGCGUACAAAGAGAUACUCUUCAUGACUCGCCAGAUCAGUAGCGCUGUUUGCCGUAACCCGGAAGUGUACAAAGAAGUGUGCGAAAAUAUCCUCAGAGUCGACAUAAGCGUCUUGAAAAAAGAUGACGUCGACAAUAGACUGGUCGUCAAGGCCUUACCUCCUAGUCACUCUCCAGCAUUGCCGAUGGUGGAAGAAGUAUCUGUGGGUGUUAUCCGUGACCUAUUGAAUGCGUUAAUCAAACCGAUGCCCAUCUCGUCGGACGACGGAACGAUAACCCCUACGAGCCCCGAGAAGAAGUCAUCGCAUUCGACAUCCUCCUCGGCGAUAGGCAACGCGACGUCGUCGACAUCCUCACGGCGAGACGUGCUGCGAAACAACACAACGACUACCAACGAUCCUCUGGACGACGACGAUCAAGUGUCACAAAUUAUUCCCUUGAAGAUAUACACCGACAUCGGUAGUAGUAGCAAGGUCGAGCCGGAGGAAGCGAAGAAGCCCGUGCUGACGAAGUCUGCAAUAUUGAAGAUAUUGGCGGAAGCUGUUAGGUCUUACGGCGCAGUGGCUAGUCUUAUCACUGAACAUACGUAUCGAGCAGGGCAGAGCGAAAUGGUGGCCGAGGAUACAACAGCCUUGGCGUUCUUGCUUGACAAGCUUUUACCCAUGUUACCAGAGAACUCUAGCGAUCGAACUUGCAGCGGUAUGGCACGAAUGUUGAUCGCCGCUAUCGCGUCGUGCAAUCAUUCGCCGGAUGUGCAAACGACUCUGGUGACUGAGGUGAAGGCAGCCUUGACGAGGACACUCGCGCUUCCCGAGAGCUCCGAGAAGCACGCGCAAUUACAGCUGCUGAUCGGCUUGAUCUCCACUAUGAUCGACAGUUGCCCACCCACGUCGCAUACUCAGCUAAGGGCAUCUCUGAAAGCCCACCAGUACAAUAAUGUCAAUUAUAUUGUCCGGAUAAUGCUGAGGAAAGGUAUCAUCACUGACUUGGCCAAGAUUCCACAUAGUCUCGAUCUCUCCAGCCCAAACAUGGCCGCCACGAUCAACGCUGCCUUAAAGCCGUUGGAAACUUUAUCGCGCAUCAUCAAUCAACCGAUGCCAGGAGCGGUUAACAACAAAUUUACCAAACCGAAGAACAGGACAGUCCAGGAAGAACCGAUCGGAGAACAGACCGGCACGACGACCUCCGAAGCUACGCACGCCGUGGGCGAAGAGGCCAACGAGGACGCGGAAAAUACCGAGCACGACAUUUCCGUGACCGCGGAAAGUUUGGAGCCGGCUUCCGAGGGUCAAGUGCACGAGGAAGGCGACGAGGCGGCCUUGGAAGACAUUAUGGACCAACUUCUCGAGAGUGUAAUGUUUUCCAGGGACGGCUCAGCCGUGGCGGAAGAACCAUCUUCCCGCCCUCAUAGGCCAAUGGACAUUGACGACGAGAGCCUUGCCAUGCGUGAUGCAGAGGGCGAUUUUGAUCCCACUCGAGAUACUACAGAGGACUUAAUGAGCUCCGAUUCAGACUCCGAUAGCAAUCCAUCUGAUGAUAAUGAGGACGAAGUGCAGGACGACGAGGACGAGGAGGAGGAAGAGGAAGACGAUGGUGAGGAGAACGAAGAGGAGGAAGAGGAGGAAGAGGAAGGUUCGUCCAAUUAUGAAGAGGAUGGAAUAGAAUUUUACGAGGACGCCGGGGAAGGUGGCGUGUUUCGUAUGUUCCCGUCUAAUGAACGUGAUGGUGGCAAUGUUGUUAUGAUACAGCACAAUAUCGAAAAUCAGGAUAUCGCGAAUACGUCUACGCCGGUUACUACGAGGCCGAGUCUUCCCACAUGGAACACCACAUUCCCGUUACCAUUGGGUCUGUUUGAAGAACCUCCCACUGUUUCCGAGAACAACGGUAUCAGUACUCAUCCGCUAUUGAUAUCGCAAGGAAGUUUGGACACCGCAAGCAACAGAUCUCAACGUGCUCUACGACAGAGACGAUAUCAAUAUCUCCAGUUGUCUAAUCCGCGCAGCCCGAAUCCUCCUGUAAUAUUGCAAAGGCUCUUGGGUCCAGCCGCGCAGACUCUUCCUUUGUCCGCUAGUCAAGUGUUGGCAUCGAGCUUCAGAGACACGCGGGUUGUCGUCAUGGAUAACGGACUAGGAAUAUUUACUAAUCAAGAGGAGGAACAAAUCGAUUAUGUCGAUCAAUCCGGAUAUCUCUUUGGACCAAGCCUUGCCGCGACUUUGAAUAAUAUACCAACCGCGUUGCAUUGGUGGAUCGAAGAGAGCAAGCAAUUAGACGGGGACUCUCAACCAGACUGUUGCGUUGGUGUCGUCCAUAAGUUGAUACCUGGAUUGGAGAAAUACAGGAACGCCGAGCUCGCUGAGCGUAAAGAAAAGCGUAAGAAACAACAUGGAUCUGAAAAGGAUAAUGAGAAGGACAGCAAAGACGAGAAGGAACGUUUAAAUACUACAGAAUCCGGUUCGUCCAGUUUGAUACAGAUGGACGAACAACGAUCAUCCGCAUCCACGUCACAAAGAACCGACGCCACUCCGCUCGUAGCAGGCGAGGAGACGACCGUAGAAACAACGAGGCAGGAACGCACACCGGAAGAGGACAUAAUCGAUGUAACAGGUGAAAUGGAAGUAACGGUUCAAGAGGACGAGGAACGACCGCCGCCGCCGCCGCCGCCAGAAGACCAAUCGUCCUCGUCCGAGAGCAGAGACCCACGUACAGCAAAUCGUAAUCCUACCUUAGAGCUCGCAGAGAGUAUCGUCGAUUCAGUGUUGGGACCGUGUACGUCGGAAGCAACUAUCAGAUUAAGGCAGCCUGUACGUAGCGCAGAAUCGACAAAUACCACCGAGUCAUCUAAUCGCGCCGCUGCACCGAUUGUAGUAGAUUUUGGUCAGGAAACGAGUGAGGAUCUGUCGAGGGAAAGUAGUGAUUCGGCCGAUUGGAUCCGUAGACUCUUGACGGACGACAAUCAGUCUAGCGUUGAACGAAAUGCUAACGUUGUCAGUCAAGACCCUACGUGCUCGACGUCCGAAACCACCACUACCACCACUACUACCUCCAACACGGAGACCUCGGAGCAGUCGCAACAAUCGUCGCAGCAGCAGCAGCAGCAGCAGCAACAAUCACAGCUACAGCAACAACCGUCACAGCCACAGCAGCAGCAGCAGCAACAACAAUCACAACAGCAACAGCAGCAACAACAACAACAACAACAACAACCUCCGCCACCCAAUUGGCAACCUCAGGAGCAACAGCUGCCAGAUGGUGUAGAUCCAUCAUUUCUGGCUGCUUUACCCGAAGAUAUGCGUGACGAAGUCAUUGCCGAGCAACUCAGGCUUCAGCGCAUCAGACAACGUGCCGCUGUAGUCGAGGAACUCACUGGACCGGUUGAAGUAAAUCCCGAAUUUCUAGCCGCUUUGCCGCCCGCUAUUCAGGAGGAAGUCUUAGCGCAGCAACGCAUGGAGCAACAACGACAUGCAGCUGCUUCGGCGAAUCCAGAGGAUCCUGUGGACGCUGCAGCAUUCUUCCAAAAUUUACAACCUUCCCUUCGACAAGCUAUUUUGACAGAUAUGGAAGAAUCUCAAAUAUCCGUCUUACCGCCAGAAUUAGCUCAAGAAGCGCAAAAUUUGAGAAGAGAGUGGGAAGCACGUAACAGACAUAUGAUGCAAGAAAGAUUUCUUAACCAUGUUAGUCAAGGCAACACUGCUCUUUCUAGCAUCUUGCGGAAUUCCGGUAGAGCUCGAGGUGGUGGUACACGUUACGCUAUUCAUGCAGUACCGCAGAGGUCUCAGUGGAGCGCCUGGAAUACUCGUGGCGAUGCAAACAUAGCGCACCAAGGUGCUGGCCUACGUUUGAGAGGGCGACAGUUACUCGAUCACGAGUCAAUGGCAUGUUUGCUAGUAUUACUCUUUGUAGAUGAGCCGAAAAUUAAUACGCUCAGAUUACAUAGAGUAAUCAGAAACCUCUGUUAUCAUGGCAGUACGAGAGAAUGGGUAGUAAAAGCUCUGUUGAAUAUCAUGGAAAGAAGUAAUGACGAAAACAAAGAUAUUAUAGCAGAUCUUAGCGGAAAAUUUAAGAGAAAAGGGCUAUUACCUUCCAUGGAUCUAUGUUCUCCAAAGAUAUUUGACCAAAGAAACAACACGCAAUCGUGGCUGAAUAUCAGUAUCGACGCUGCACUCGGCUGCAGAGCUAAUGUGUUUCAUAUAAUACGUCACGCUGGUAAGAAGUCUGAGCGGCAGGGUAAUAUUAUCGCUAUUCACCCACAGGCAGCGCCUACAGUUUGCAGGCAUACCUUAGAAUUGUUGAUAUCACUAGCUAAGAGUUUCCCUGGAUACUUUGUGCCAAUAAAAUCUAAAGAGUCAGAUGAUAAAGAUAGUAAUAAGGAGAAAGACGUAAAUGCUAGCAAAGAGGAGGGCGGUGCGAAGGGCAAGUCGACGUCAAAGAUAGGAAGGAGCGAUCUUCCGGACUUCUGGGACAUGCUACUGAAACUAGAUUCGUGCGCGUCCAAGAAAGGAAAGUCGGUCGCGCGGACUCACUCUAAUACGAAUCUAGGAAACGAACCGGAACACGGAAUAACAACGUUCGAGGCUUCCGCGUUUGGUCAACUCAUCUCGAUGCUCAACUGGUCCGUGAUUAAACGAAGCAGUCAACUGACGGACAAACUGCUGCGCCUUCUGUCCUUAAUCUCCAUCGGCUUGACGGAAGUGAAUCCUUAUCGGCGGCAAGAAGGCACGAAGAACAAGAAAACUGAAGUCAAUAAGGAACACAGCGUCGCCGCACCGGAAGGCCAUUUGAAACUUGCUGUACAGGUUUUGACUAGCAAGAGUUGUUCUGAGGAGGGUUUGGAAGAUGCGACAGCAUUGUUACUUAAUCUGUCUCAUUGUCCAGAUCCUACAAGACAAUUGAUAUUGAAGUUACUUCUGGAGGGUGCAAUGGAGCUGGCAAAUAUGGUGUGCGAACAUAUCAAUGAUUUGAUGAUGGAGCUGAAAGUUUUGAAUCGUGAAUUAAGUCGAAGGAAUUCCUUGGAAGACCAACCAUCUACUAGUACCGGUGGAAACGGUGGCCGAGGGAUUCUGUUAGAUAGAUUCACCAACGAGAACGUAGUUGUCACUGCGCCAAGCAAAGUUAAAGCCGGAAGUGACCUUCAAUUGCCAUCAAUGGCCGCUCUUGUUAGCAAAACGUCUAGUCAGGCAUUCUUCUUGAGAAUACUUAAAGUCAUUGUGCAAAUUAGAGAAGCUGUACGUUUAGCAAACACAAAGAAAACAGCCAACCAAGCAUCAGAAACAGCUAUGGACACAGGCACAACGAGUAAUGCACCAGAAACAGCCGCCGAGAAUGUUGCGGAUGUUGACAUUCCUAUGGAUACAACGCAAGCGAAUUCUUCAAAUCUUGACAAUUCGAAGACGUCUUCUCGUAAUGAUGAGGAGAAAGCCGCACUUCCUCUUUUAAGUGAGAGUUUAGUAUUAGACAAUUUAUGGGAAACACUUAGUGCUUGCUUGCUCGAGUUGGAGUACACGCCCGAUCACCAUGCCGUCCUUGUUUUACAGCCCGCUGUAGAAGCGUUUUUCCUGGUACACUCCUCGUCGAGUACAUCUCGCGAUCGCCACCUUAAUACGAAUAGCGAGACUCGAGAAGUUGUACCAGAGUUGGCGCCAGUAUCACCGAUAUAUUCAGACAAUGAAGGUACUUCACAAACGGAAGCCACCAAUAGCACAUCCUGGGAUAUAACCCCUGCACCACAGAAGACGUUGCCUCCGGAUCAGUUGAAGUUCCUCAAAUUUGCCGAAACGCACAGGACUGUACUGAAUCAAAUCCUACGACAAACAACUACACACUUGGCAGAUGGUCCAUUCUCCGUAUUGGUGGAUCACACCAGGGUAUUAGAUUUCGACGUGAAGAGACGUUAUUUCAGAACAGAACUCGAGCGAAUGGAUGAGGGUAUCCGCAGGGAGGAAUUGGCGGUUCACGUUCGUAGGAGUCAUGUUUUCGAAGAUUCCUUUAGGGAACUUCAUCGAAGGAACGCUGACGAAUGGAAAAAUCGUUUCUACAUCGUCUUUGAAGGCGAGGAAGGUCAAGAUGCGGGAGGAUUGUUGAGAGAGUGGUACGUGAUCAUUUCGAGGGAAAUUUUCAACCCUAUGUACGCUCUGUUCACGGUCAGCCCUGGUGAUCGAGUGACGUACAUGAUUAACUCCUCUUCGCACUGUAAUCCUAAUCAUUUGUGCUAUUAUAAGUUCGUAGGUCGAGUAAUCGCUAAAGCUAUUUAUGAUAACAAAUUAUUAGAAUGCUACUUCACGCGUAGUUUUUACAAACAUAUACUCGGCAUACUCGUGAAACAUACAGACAUGGAAAGCGAAGAUUAUAGUUUUUACAAAGGACUCGUCUAUCUUACGGAGCAUAACAUUUCUGACUUGGGAUACGAACUAACAUUCUCCACCGAGGUCAAUGAAUUCGGUGUCAACGACGUACGAGAUUUAAUACCAAAUGGACAUAAUAUAGUUGUUACGGAAGAGACGAAACUCGAAUAUAUUAGACUGGUGUGUCAAAUGAAGAUGACUGGAGCAAUUCGGAAACAAUUGAACGCAUUCUUGGAAGGCUUUUACGAUAUUAUACCCAAACGACUGAUCUCUAUAUUUAACGAACAAGAACUUGAACUGUUAAUCAGCGGCUUGCCUAAUGUAGAUAUCGAGGAUCUUAAAGCGAACACCGAGUAUCAUAAGUAUAGUGCUACGUCUCUACAGAUUCAAUGGUUCUGGCGUGCACUACGCGGUUUUGAUCAAGCGGACCGUGCAAAGUUCUUGCAAUUUGUUACUGGUACGUCCAAAGUGCCGUUGCAAGGUUUCGCCGCGUUAGAAGGCAUGAACGGUGUGCAGAAGUUCCAGAUCCACAGAGAGGACAGGUCGACCGAUAGGCUUCCUUCUGCCCAUACUUGUUUCAAUCAACUGGAUUUGCCAGUAUACGAGACGUAUGAUAAACUGCGAACAAAUCUGCUGAAGGCGAUUCACGAGUGCAGCGAAGGAUUCGGAUUUGCAUAAGUUGUCACUGGUACGUUCUUAUGAAGGCAAUUCACUAGUAAGGACUCGGAUUCGCACAAGUUCGUGCGAAACGCUGUUGUCGUAUAUUACUAAGCAGUUUAUCGUACAUGUGUUGUCCUGCCUGUUCAGAGUACGUUGCGAGAGUUCGGUCUUGUAUAAUUGCGCGUUCAUGCAGUCCAAUCGGUGACAUUCUGGCGACACGCUUGGUCUUCAAUCAAGAUCUAACGGAAAAUGUUUAACUCGAUAUAUACAUAUAGAUACACGAAUAUGUAUAUACGUAUAAUUAAUUAUUAUGGUGUAAUUACGUGAGAAUAACGUUUCAAUGAUACCCGAAGCUAGGGUUUAUUUUGUUGUGGAGGAUCUUGGAAGAAGCGCCGAGCUUAACGAUAAUUCCCUACAAGGAAGGAUAAGGAGGAUUAGUUUUUAUGAGUAAGAUAAGGAUAAGAUUCACGCAUAAGUGUAAUAGUUAGGUACUUUAGUUUGUCAUAAGGAGUAAUAUAGGACGGAGAGAAUGUAAUAUACUGCACUUUAAAAACCAGCGAUAUGUUUUAACCGGUUCGAUAGUUUGAAUAGUGAUACAACGGUGGCAACGGCAACGGUGGCCUGGUUAAUUACCGAAAAAGAGCAACAAAAGCAUAAGUGAAUGAGUGCCUGUGCGAGUGAAAGAGAAUGAGAGAAGGAGAAAGUGACAAUGAGAGAGCGCGAGCGAGCGAGCGAGAGAGAGAGAGAGAGAGAGAGAGAGAGAACAAAAAUUAGUGGAGAUGUUGAGCCUAAAAAAUUUCACAAUACAAACGCUAUCCUUCCCCCGUAAAAGGAAAAAAAAAGAUAUAUGGUUGUACACUACUAGUAUUAAUAAUUGUAACUAAUUCUUAAUUAAUAGUAAUGGUCAUUAAAUAUCAUUUUAAUAUUAAUCAUUCGAAAUGUGAUGUUAAACAUGUGUAAUUUCUUUUCUCUUGAGAUUUAACGAAAUAAAGUUUACAGUUGAACAGA